AUGUGCUCUGAGAAGGGCUCCAGGUGCACAGGCACGCUGCUGUUGACCCUGGCCAUCACGGCCGUCAUCGCCAACCUCCUGCUAUACUUUCCCAACGGGCAGGCACUAGAGCCUGACAAGAUCACAGACUUGGUCUGGUUUUUCCACGGCUUUCUUGGAGCUGGACUCUUGGUCAUGGUGCCAGCACUGAUGCUUCUAAGAGGAGAUGGAGAGGGAUACUGUGCUCACAGAUGUGGGAUGCUGUUCCCUGUGCUUCUGGCCACACAGGGCACCAUGGGGGCCAUAUACUGUGUGGUCAUUUCUUCACUGGGUUUGCUUUGUGGGCCCUUCUGUGACAUUGGUGGUGGAAACUACACUUACCCUUUCAGGAAUGACACUCUGGAGGGUAACUACUUAUUCAAUCAGCCCACCUGGGCCACCUGCCAAGCACCUGAGAACAUUGUCCUCUGGAACGUGGUCUUGUUCUCCAUCCUCCUGGGGAUUGGCACUGUGGAAGCUGUGCUUUGCCUUAGCCACAUUGUCAGUGGACUCUGUAGCAUCUGCUGUGGUACAUGUGUUCAUAAAGGACAGGUCAGUAUUUCUAGAACCAGCAGUUUUCAAGUCUUUUCCCCCUUACCAGCUCCUCCCUAUCUCUCUGCUCCCCCAAUCCCACACUCCCAAAGGUGUCUCCUUUAA